AAUCGAUACCUUUCUAUGCGAGAAGUAUCUUCACUGGCCCGAGGCCCUUAGCCUUCUCAAGAGCACAUCAGAAGGAGUAGCUUCAAUGCUGGGUGCCACUGGACUGGCUGCCAAGGGCCCACGGACGGCACACUUACCUGCCCGUCGGGUUUCAAGAUCAUGACAAGCCGCUACGACGACGGCACUGGCCAGCUGUGUUCCAUGUCGGUCGGCGCGCACGACUCAUACGUGUUGUACGAGCAGGCGUACUGCUGCCCGGACAACGACGUGCCGCAGAACUGCAGCUGGACGUUCGACAUCGGGACCACGUUCGAUCCCCAGAAGAUUUGCACGCCCACGGUGUGCCCGGCGACGAUAGUGCGGUACACGACCGCGCUAGACCCGCCCAACCCGUACAAGGACAUAGACAGCCUGGGCGGCGUGGACUGCUCCGCGUACCAGCCGCUGCCCGACCGAGACCCGAACUGGUCGUACUGCUGCGACCCGCCCGAGGACUACAACGGCAACUGGCCGGUCAACUCGUCGCCUCUAGGCGAGCCCGGACGAUGACACAGGGGCCGACAUCCUGUAGGCGUAUCAGGACGACUACGCCAGCAACGACGGGCAGUCGUCGCCGGGCG